AUGGCCGACCUCGCCGUGGCCUCACAGCUCCAGCAGUGGUCGUUCAACAAGCCCUCGAUCGCUGCACGCCCAGACAGGACUAGCUCCGACAGUUCCGCAUCAAGUCCCAACUUGUGCAACGACGCGCCCGAGACGCUGAGGAUAGAGACGCCAGCUAGCCAGCAACCGAGCCCCGCGCACAGGAAGGAGAGCAUUGUGUUCCAAGAUCGCUACAUGUCCAGUGAAGAAGCCUUGUCGCCCGUCGAUGAUGGUUCAGAUUCCGAGUACGACUACGACGACGUCGUAGUCCACGACCCGACAAAAGAGUGCAAGGCACGCACCAUGUCCAUCUCGCGAUGGGACAAGGGAAGGAGCUGCGACAUGGCCGUCAUGGUCUCCUACGCAAAGGUCGUCGGCCGUCCGAAAGUCGUUGAGCUCGACUGUCGGUCGCCCACCGCAGACCUUGCGCCCAUGCAGCACCGCUCGGCCUCGGUUGCCAACUUGCCCAUCGCAGCCAUCAGCCAGAUACGCAAGGACGCCGCCCAGCGCCUGUCGAUGAAAGUCACAGCCACUGGCCGCCUCUCCUCCAACCCGGCCAGUCGUGCCACCACGCCCCCAGUCGAACUCGAGCCUCGUCGACCGUCCACGAGCUACAGUCCGUCUACCAAGAACACCAGCACCCUAAACCUUACCGACUCCGCGUCUGCCUCUUCCUCGUUCCGCACUGCCUCCUCAACUCGCAGCAUCUCACCAGCUGUUGACGAACUACUUGCCCGUCCAUCGCUCCACCCCAUCGACGUACCCUCGUCUGCCCGUUCUUCUGUAUACAUUCCCUCCCAAACCCGCAGCGGCCUUUCCAGAGUACAGACCACACAGUCGUAUUGGACGCCGCCCACGCCUUCCUCGCCAGCAUCACACGCCUUCCUUAGCUCAGAUCCCUACGAAGCGUCCAACAAGGAUUCUUCGUCCCCCAUUAUCAAGCCGGCUCCACACAAGCGGUUACGAUCGAUUUCAAUGAAACUCGCUCUCGCCAAAAUCGCCAUUACCAAUCCUUCCAAGAAGACGUACGAUACCCGCGUCAACGGCAAGAUGCCGCCUACUCCUUCGACACCCUACACCCCACUUACGCCACAGACCGCCCCUCUUGAGGGCAGCUCAAGCUUCAUCAGCCCCCAAAAGCUGCGACGCGCAUCUACCAUCCUUCGACCAAAGUCUCGUGGCCGUGACUCGAUGAGAGGGCCUUCUCCGGACCUGGCGCCCCCAGUUCCCACUAUCAACACGAGCUCCAUUGCCCAAAAGCGCAUGACAAUGGGUGCGUCCAGGAUGCAAGCGCGCGGUGCGAAUGAACGAGAACCAACCCUUGUACUACCGCCCUGCCCAUCGGACACCGAUGACGAUCCCAUGGCUAGCUUCAAGAACCGGACGCUCAAGAAGCGCAAGUCAUUGAUGUCGCUCAUGGAUUCACUAUAGACCGUCCGGCCUGAACUAUUUCGCCACUUGGCCCAAGCGCGGUAUGCGCCUGUGUUUCGAAACUUCAGGGUCCACAUGGGCGCAUGAAUCAUCAGGCACUCGCCUCGCUGCGUACGCCACUUUCCUUGUCACCUUACCAAUGUACAUUUUCGACUUCCGAAGCUCGUUCUAGCGAUCGCGCAUAAUACCCGGCGUAUGUUUGGCGCUACGACUUUUCUAUCACAUUCGAAUUUGAGGUUACGAUAUCCUCGUGUCUUGGCAUUGCGAAGUGUUCGCCGCCGCUUCAUCUGUCGCUAUCCAUCCUUGUUAGAUGUCCUAACAACGACUUUAUGAUAUCCUCACCUAUACCAUUAUUAUGGCAUCUAGCGUUGCCCAGUUAUGUUAGAGAUUGAAUUAAAAGCAUAUCACUAGAAAGCACAGAA